CCUUCCCAUGUCCACGAUCGGCAACAGCUCCUAGAAUAACAGAAUACACAGUUAAAUUACGGGUUGUUCUUCCAUCUGUAAACUGAUCAAAUAUAUUUGAUAAUUUCUUGCACAUUUUUGACGUUUCAAACCGCUCGAGCAAGAGGGAUGUAUACUGAGGCCAGCUGAUUUGGUCUGGGAGCCGUCUGAGAGGCGGAAGUGAGGUCACCAGGAGCUCGUCCAUGUUAUUAUUGUUAUUUUGGUCGCUGGCAGUGUGAUGAGACGGACUGGAGAGCCGUCGGGCUCCAAGACUAGGCUACUGCUCUUCCAGGCCGCCCCAGACUAAACUUCACAGCCACCACCGAAAAAGGAGCACAGUCGCAAACAGGGGGGAGCGCCCAGCCUCUUCGACCGUCACAGGCGACAAAAACAAUACGGUAUUCGGCAAACCUAACGCUAGCCCCAGACUUGUAUGUGUGCGGUAACACACCGCGACGUGCCUCCGCAGAUAUGAACGGCAUCACCAAGGGCAGGUUCGAGGUGUUCUCCAACAGUGAUGAAGCUCCCAUUAACAAGAAGCUUCCCAAGGAGCUUCUGCUCAGAAUCUUCUCCUAUCUUGAUGUGAUCACAUUGUGCAGGUGUGCCCAGGUAUCCAAGGCGUGGAAUGUCCUGGCCUUGGAUGGUAGUAACUGGCAGAAGAUUGACCUCUUCAACUUCCAGACAGACAUAGAGGGUAGAGUGGUGGAGAACAUCUCCAAGCGAUGUGGAGGCUUCCUGAGGCAGCUGAGCUUGAGGGGUUGUCUCAGUGUGGGGGACGCAUCCAUGAAGACGUUUUCCCAGAACUGCCGUAGCAUUGAGGUGUUGAACCUGAACGGCUGCACUAAGAUCACAGACAGCACCUGUCUCAGCCUCUCCAAGUUCUGCUGCAAACUCAAACAGCUGGACCUCACCUCCUGUGUGUCUGUUACCAACCACUCCCUCAAAGCUCUCAGUGAUGGCUGUCGUAUGUUGGAGAUGUUGAACCUGUCGUGGUGUGACCAGAUCACCAGAGAUGGCAUCGAGGCUCUGACCAGGGGCUGUAACAACCUACGAGUCCUGUUCCUACGCGGCUGCACACAGUUGGAGGAUGGAGCACUGAAACCCCUUCAGAAACACUGUCCUGAACUAACCACUAUCAACAUGCAGUCCUGCUCACAGAUAACUGAUGAUGGCUUGGUCAGUCUGUGUCGGGGGUGCCACAAGCUGCAGGUCCUGUGUAUCUCUGGCUGCAGUAACAUUACAGACGCCUCUCUCACUGCUCUGGGUCUCAACUGUCCCCGACUGAAGAUCUUGGAGGCUGCGCGAUGUUCACAGGUUACAGACGCUGGGUUUACUGUACUGGCCAGGAAUUGUCAUGAGAUGGAAAAGAUGGAUUUAGAAGAAUGUAUUUUGGUGACUGACAACACACUAGUCCAGCUCGCUAUUCACUGCCCUCGCCUGCAAGCACUGUCUCUCUCCCACUGUGAGUUGAUAACAGACGAUGGUAUCAGGGCGCUGAGCAGCAGUGUGUGUGGACAGGAGCGCCUCACAGUGGUGGAGUUGGAUAACUGCCCUCUGAUCACAGACGGGACUUUGGAGCACCUGAAGAACUGCCACCGUCUGGAAAGGAUAGAACUCUACGACUGCCAGCAGGUCACCAGGGCCGGCAUCAAACGCAUACGGGCUCAUCUCCCAGAGAUAAAAGUCCACGCCUACUUUGCCCCGGUGACACCCCCUCCUUCGGUGCACGGCGGGGGCCAGAGGCUGUGUCGCUGCUGCAUCAUCCUCUGACAGUGGAGGGCCAGGGGGGGUCAGCUCUGCCUGCAGGUCCUACUGCUGUGAACCCCCCCCCAACAAUAACCCACCUGAUCCCUGCAAGAUGAUGAGACAGACCCUGAACCCCACCACUACACAACUACACCCUGAACCCCACCACAAGACAACUACACCCUGAACCCCACCCCACCACAACACAACUACACCCUGAACCCCACCACAAGACAACUACACCACAAUACCUGGAACCCCACCCCACCACAACACAACUAUACCACAAUACCCUGAACCCCGCCACUACACAACUACACCCUGAACCCCACCACAAGACAACCACACCCUGAACCCCACCACUACACCCUGAACCCCACCCCACCACAACACAACUACACCCUGAACCCCACCACAAGACAACUACACCCUAAACCCCACCACAACUACACCACAAUACCUGGAACCCCACCACAACACAACUAUACCACAAUACCCUGAACCCCGCCACUACACAACUACACCCUGAACCCCACCACUACACAACUACACCCCGAACCCCACCACAAGACAACUACACCCUGAACCCCACCACUACACAACUACACCCUGAACCCCACCCCACCACAACACAACUACACCCUGAACCCCACCACACCACAACACAACUACACCCUAAACCCCACCACAACUACACCACAAUACCUGGAACCCCACCCCACCACAACACAACUAUACCACAAUACCCUGAACCCCGCCACUACACAACUACACCCUGAACGCCACCACUACACAACUACACACUGAACCCCACCCCACCACUACACAACUACACCCUGAACCCCACCACAAGACAACUACACCCUAAACCCCACCACAACUACACCACAAUACCUGGAACCCCACCGCACCACAACACAACUAUACCACAAUACCCUGAACCCCGCCACUACACAACUACACCCUGAACCCCACCACAACACGACACAACUACACCCUGAACCCCACCACUAGAAAACUACACCACAAUAACAUGAACCCCACCACAACACAACUACACCACAAUACCCUGAACCCCACCACAACUACACCACAACAUCUUGAACCCCACCAACACAACUACUCCCUGAACCCCACCACAACUACACCACAACACCCUGAACCCCACCACAACACAACUACACCACAAUACCCUGAACCCCACCACUACACAACAACACCCUGAACCCCACCACAACACCCUGAACCCCACCACAACUACACCACAACAACCUGAACCCCACCACAACUAAACCACAACACCCUGAACCCCACCACAACACAACUAUACCACAAUAACCUAAACCCCACCACUACACCCUGAACCCCACCACAACACAACUACUCCCUGAACCCCACCACAACUAUACCACAACACCCUGGACCCCACCACUAUACCACAACACCCUGAACCCCACCACUAUACCACAACACCACAAUCCCCUGAACCCCACCACAACUGCACCACAAACACCCUGAACCCCACCACUACUGCACCACAAACACCAUGAACCCCACCACAACUACACCACAAUACCCUGAACCCCACCACAACUACUCCCUGAACUCCACCACAACUACUCCCUGAUCCCCACCACAACUACUCCCUGAACCCCACCACAACUACACCACAAUACCCUGAACCCCACCACAACUACUCCCUGAACCCCACCACAACUACUCCCUGAACCCCACCACAACUACUCCCUGAACCCCACCACAACUACACCACAAUACCAUGAACCCCACCACAACUACUCCCUGAACUCCACCACAACUACUCCCUGAACCCCACCACAACUACACCACAAUACCCUGAACCCCACCACAACUACUCCCUGAACUCCACCACAACUACUCCCUGAACCCCACCACAGCUACACCACAAUACCCUGAACCCCACCACAACACAACUGCUCCCUGAACCCCACCACAACACAACUACACCACAACAUCUUGAACCCCACCAACACAACUACUCCCUGAAUCCCACCACAACUACACCACAACACCCUGAACCCCACCACAACACAACUACACCACAAUACUCUGAACCCCACCACAACUACACCACAAACACCCUGACCCCCACGACCACUACACAACUACACCACGACACCCUGAAC